AUGAGCAACCGUCCUGGACGGGAGAUCCGCGCACGACGUCUCGCUAAGCUGGGUACAUCGACACCCGUGUCCACCAAGUCGGACGAGAACAAGAUUCCCGAUUCCGAAUCGUCCAACCCCUCGCGAACCUCAACGCCGAAGCCCCAACCCGAUGCCGAUUCAAGGCCCAAGAUUAAUAUCACUUCCUCCGCCCCGGCGGCAUCUUCUAGCCAGAACCCUUUCAACAAGUUAGGGGUCAAGGCAGAGCCGCCGAAACCAACAGGUAGCCCCCGUGUGAACCGCAAGAGAUUGGCAUCUGAGAUUGACGACGCUGCCCCAGCGGAUCGAGCAUCCCCGAAACCCGUCAACACUCAGCCCGAGUCUGAUGUCGACUACGCCGACCGAGUACUUUCACAGAUCUUCCGCGUCACUGUGGACCCGCACAACAUGAUCAACAGCCAUGGUCAACGGCUAACGUUCCUUCCGAACCUCAACCAAGAGCUAAACGAGUCGGGAGAGCCUCUAAAGCUUUCCCUUAACACACUAGAUCAAGCUCUCAUGGAGGCGGCUACCAGCUAUCCCCAAGACAAGCCCCUCAUGAACUACUUCCUACCAUGUUGGAAGCGUGUUGUAAAGGCGUCUGUCCAGCACAAGGCAACGGAAGGAACCAAGUUCGAAGUGCUUGAAGAGGCAAAGCGUCUGUGUAUGAGUGGCUGUCUUUUUGCACUGACUAUGCCGGACCUUUACGGGAGACAACCCAACCCUAAGCACGAUACACUCAUGCCAUUUCUCCUGAAAGGCGUGCAAGACGAGGGAGGCCUUUGCUUCACCUUCAUCCAGGAGGCUAUCAAGCGAUUUGACGAUGAUGAUGCCAUCCCUGCCCUUUUCAACGACGCAAUGGUACAAAUCAGCAGCAAGCUAGGUGAAAUCACUAUGGAUCAGGACUACAAGCCGUACAUCCAAGCUAUGAUGACUUACACAAGGUUUCCACCUCUGAUUGUCAACUUGGCCAAGCACUCUUGCUUCAAAAUGGCUCAGUCUGCUCCUGGAAUUGAGAAGCAUACCAUUCUCGGACCUUUCUUCCGAAUCUCACCACUUCAGAGCGAAGUUAUCAGGAGUUACUUCCCAGGAGCUCGUACUCUUGAUAAGAGCAGAGUUGCAACCGCUCAAGACGCACUGCGAAUGGUGUUGAGGACACAUCAGGACGACCUUUUCGCAAUCACAAACGCAUUUAUCCGGGCAGGACAGGACACAAGAUCUCGAACCUUGGAUUGGUUUGCCUACAUCAUGAACACAAACCACAAGAGGAGGGCAAUUCAGGUGGAUCCGCGGGAGGUUGCUUCAAAUGGAUUUAUGAUUAACGUGACCACGAUUCUAGACCGAUUUUGCGAGCCUUUCAUGGACAUGGACUUCAGCAAGGUGAACAAGAUCGAUGACAACUAUUUCAGAAAGCAACCGCGCAUAGAUAUCACGGAUGAGACAAAGCUGAACGCCGACCAAUCGGCUUCAGAAGCAUUCUACGAAAACAAAAUGCCCGGCGAAACCAACUUCAUCUCUGAAGCUUUCUUCUUGACUCUGGCGGCUCAUCACUAUGGAAGUGAAGCUUGCAACUCCCAGUUGAAAAACUUGGACAGGGACAUCAAAUAUCUGGAGAAGCGAGUUCAGGCUAUGGAGGCAGAACGAGUUAAGUUCCUCAGCGCUCCCGUACAGCUGGAGCAGUACGACAAGGCGGUCAAGAGACAUGUCGACGCGCUCGAAAAGAGCAUCGGCGUCAAGCUUUCAAUCGAGGGUGUCUUGCUCGACGAGCGAAUGCAGAGUACAUCGUUGCGCUUCAUGCGAAUUGUGGCCGUUUGGCUGCUUCGUUUGGUGACUCGAUCAGAGUACAAGCCUGGUCAAGAGUCGAAGGAGAUACAAUGGUUACCUAAGAUCCUCCCCAGUGCUGUUGGCGACGAAAUGAUUGCGCUUUGCGUAACAUUCCUUCGAUCAACAGAGUACAUCAAGAAUCCUUAUCUCAAGUCUUCACUGGUCUCACUGCUUUUCUCAGCUACUUGGCCGUUGAUGCAUCUCAAGCGAGGAGUCUUGGGCGACCAGCUUGUUGGCAGCCAGUUUGCCCAUGACCAUCUCCUGAAGGGCUUGAUGAAGUUUUACAUCGAGUGCGAGUCCACAGGUGCUGACUCUGCAUUCUACGACAAAUUCAACAUCCGAUAUGAGAUCUUUCAGGUCAUCAAGGUCAACAAACAAUUCUUCGUCCAGUUUGUCAACAUGUUGCUGAAUGACGCGACAUAUGUCUUGGACGAGGCCCUUUCUAAAUUCCCUAAAAUUAGAGCUAUCGAGAGAGAUCUCGAGGACCCAGCUCUAAACACCGAGGACCGCCAAAAGAAGGACGAAGAGCUGCAGCAGUUGGCCAACCAGGCGACAUCCUUUAUGCAACUGGCCAACGAGACACUCGAAAUGAUGAAGCUCUUCACUGACGCCAUGGGUGAGGCUUUCACUAUGCCUGAGAUUGUAUCUCGUCUCGCGAGCAUGCUCAACUACAACCUGGAGACACUUGCCGGCAAGAAGGCUGCAGCCGAACUCAGUGUCAGCAACAGGGACAAGUACCACUUCCGCCCUAUUCAGAUCAUUUCCGAUAUUGUGGAUAUCUACCUCAAUCUCGGUACAUCAUCUGUCUUCAUCGAUGCCGUAGCUGCGGAUGGUCGUUCUUACAAGCCUGAAGUGCUCGAGCGUGUCUCACGUAUCCUCACAUCAAAGAACCAGAAGGACCCAGCUGUUAUUGCUAGAUGGGAUAAACUGAGAGUCAAGUUUGAGGAAGCCAAGAUAAUCCUCGAUCAGGCAGAACUGGACCUUGGCGAUAUCCCGGCCGAGUUCGAAGACCCUAUUAUGGGAGACCUCAUGAAGGAUCCUGUCCUUCUACCCAGCAAGCACAUUGUUGACCGAUCCACCAUCGUUCAGCAUUUACUGAGCGAUCCUAAAGAUCCUUUCACUCGACAGGCCAUGACCAUUGACGAUGCUAUUCCACAGACGGAGCUCAAGGAGAAGAUUGAGCAAUGGCGUGAGGAGCGGGUACAGGCUGCCAAAGACAAACUCAAGAGCGAAGCUAUGGAUACCACGGAAGGCUAG